AUGUCGGCCUCCAACCAAAAGUCGUACCUCAGAGACGGUAACAACCCACGCGCUGUCGACGGCAGCCGGGACAAGAGCCGAAGCAGCCGACGCGAUGACGACAAAUCUAGCAGCAGGUCGAAGCACAGCAGUUCGUCUGGAAGACGCUUAUCAGAGUCGCGAUCGAGUCAUGCGCGCAAAUCAUCCACAGCGUCGUCGUCAGAACGUCCGACCUUUGAGAUGGACAUCAUCGGCCAACCUGCGAGGUCUAUUGUCUUUGGCCAGACUGUAGAAACAUCAGUCAUGGUCAGCCUGAGAUGUCCUUCUCCCGAAAUGGUCGCCAGCUGCCGUAACAUGGACACAAGCAGAUUGAUGGGGGUGGUCUCCCUGUUGGCAGAUACAAGAAGCGGCGAAAGAGUCGCAGUCGAAUGCGGAACUCUCACCGGCCAGAAGAUGUUCGACUCAGUCCACGAUGUACCACAAGAGGUCGCAGAGAGUCUUGCACGCAGCCAGCCUUGUCGAUUGGCUCUGGGAUACUUCACAUUCCCGCAACUGCUCAUUCGACAGCCUGGUGCAUAUCGGCUUCGGGUCACCUUAAUCAAGCAGUCUUCUGCGGGAGGCUCGAGCGUCAUCGCCAUCGACAGCGAAUCGAUCAGGGUAGAGCGACGAACGACUGGUGGCAGCGGAUCAACAGGCCGCAAACAUGUGAGUAUGGUCCGCAGGCUUUGGCCGAUGACUGAAGUACCUGGCUGUGGUGGGCGAGUGUCGAGCUCGCAAUCGUAUCACGGCAGGAAAGAUAACGAAUCCAAGUUCGCAAGCCUUCAGCUUGAGAUACAAACCUUCGAGGAGUGCAAGCGCAAGUACGAAGCCUUGAUUGCCGCGGAGCAGCCCUUCAUCGUCGCAAUCAUUGAUCAACACAUUGUCGGCUUUGCCUACAGCAGCGAUUUCAACGAACGACUAGGAUAUCAGCAUACAGUCGAGGAUUCGGUUUACCUUCAUCCAGACCAUCGGGGGAAGGGCUUGGGACGGAUACUACUCCAGGCUGCUUUCAACAAGCCGAGAACGUUGGGCAAGAAGGUGGUCAUUGCGAAGAUGUCGAUUCUGCCUGGACAGGCUCCAGAAGACAGCCCUUCUUGCCGGCUUCAUCUGGCUCUUGGGUUUCGAGUGUUUGGCAGAAUGUUGAGUGUUGGCUUGAAGCUGGAUAUUCUGGUUGAUGUGGUCAUUCUUCAGCUUGACCUUGUUGAUGUUGCUGCGGUGACGAAGACUAGAGGAUGA